UCCGCCCCUGGAUCCCGCCCCCGCCCCCGAUCUCUCAGCCCCAGCGGUCUGUCCCGCGCGCUGUUGCCAGCGCCGCCGGCUCCCGGCUAUGGACGCCCCUGGGGCCCCGGGCCCGGACCCGGGCAGGAAGGAGCUGAAGAUUGUGAUCGUGGGUGACGGCGGCUGCGGCAAGACAUCAUUGCUCAUGGUGUACAGCCAGGGCUCCUUCCCUGAGCACUACGCCCCAUCCGUGUUCGAGAAGUACACGGCCAGAGUGAAUGUGGGCAGCAAGGAGGUGACCCUGAACCUAUACGAUACCGCUGGGCAGGAAGAUUAUGACCGGCUGCGACCCCUGUCCUACCAGAACACCCACCUCGUGCUCAUCUGCUAUGACGUCAUGAACCCCACCAGCUAUGAAAACGUCCUCAUCAAGUGGUUCCCUGAGGUCACACAUUUCUGCCGUGGGACCCCCACGGUGCUCAUUGGCUGCAAGACAGACCUGAGGAAGGACAAGGAGCAGCUGCGGAAGCUCAGGGCGGCCCAGCUGGAGCCCAUCACCUACAUGCAGGAGCUCGGGGACCACGAUGGGAUAGGGGCCUAUCGGGACAACACAGGCACCAGCCCCGGACACGGGGGCCAACAGUGGCCCCGGCCCCCCCACAGAGGACUCCAGUCUCAGCCUUUGGCUGGGCCACCAUCUUUGCAGAGCCGGCACACAUGCCCAAGGGGGACAAGAAACUCUCUCAAAAAGCAAAAAGUACCCUGGACCACACAUCCAACCCCUGCUCAGGGGCUCCUCACCUGCAACCCCCCAGUGCCAGGAACUUGAGAUGAAAGUGACAUUGGCUCCGAGUGACCUUGGGCAAGUCACUCCUCUCUGUGGACUAUCUCCCUAUCUGCAAAAGGACGGCACUGGCUCAUUUUAAUAGUCAUCAAGUUUCCUCUGUCCCUCACAGCCUCCACUUCUGCCAGGAUGUGGAGUUCUGGAGCUGAGACGCCCUUGACCUCCUGUGAAAACACACUUAACCCCCAGCUGCAGAUCCACUGAACCUCCUCCUGGAAGGUCUGCAGUCACUUCCGGGAGCUUUUAAACAAGUGCCCCAGGUGAUUCUAAUGCCCCACAGAUUGAGAGCUGCUUGCUUCCUGAGUGAGCCAGGAGUCAGCCUUACUGAACGCAGCAUAACGGCUUCAGGUGCCUCCUGCCCUCCCCGGGAUCUCCUGCCUCAGCCCCACUAAGCCUGAGGAUCUCCUGCCUCAGCCCCACUAAGCCUGAGCCUCUCUGAAGUCAAUUGCUAGGGAAAGAGACUUCUGUAUUCCACCCACCUCACACAGGUUCCCCAAGGUCCUGCCAUGACCUGGGGAGUCAAGGGCGUCGUCAAUCCAAGGCCUCAUGGACAAAUCUUAUAGGACGGAGGUCCACAAACCGUGUUGUCUGUGGACCAAAUCUGGCAGCUGCCUGUUUUUGUAAAUAAAGUUUUGUUGGGACACAGCCA